UAAUUGUUAAAUUGGUCGAUAUUUAAAUUGUCACCUGGACAUGGGAGUCCACGCAAUGCUGUUAGAUCUACUGGUGAGAUCAGUAGAGCUAAUUUUAAUCAGAUUGGUUAAAUUGUUGAUUAAUUUCCAUUGAACACUUCCAAAACUGAAAACGGCUGCUUACACUCGCUCAGGGGAAAUAACUCUAUCAAUAUAACAUAUAUGGACCACAUUGUAAACAUUUUUAAAGCUGCACGGUGUGGAGAUGAAGAUUACUUUAAACAUUGUAUUAGUUGUGUACCAGAUGCAUUUAUACAUCACAACAAAUCGGGAGACACUGUUCUCCAUCUGUGUGCCAGACAUGGUCACCUGACAUUAUUACAUUUAUGUUUAGAACGCGGAGGAAAUGUGGAAAUAACCAAUUUUGAAGGCAAAAGACCAUUACAUGAUUGUGCCCAAGCUGGUCAUGUCAAUGUGUUGAAAUGUUUGCUUAAGACAGACAUCGAUGUCAACUGCUUGAAAAGAGGAGAUUGGACACCGCUGAUGUUAGCAUGUACCAAGUCAAAUGCUGAAAUCGUACAGUUGUUGUUAGAUGCAGGAGCCAAUUCUGCACUGAAAAAUAAAGAUGGAUGGAAUAGUUUUCAUAUAGCAUCCAGGGAGGGCCAUUUAGCCAUUUUGAAAACUCUGCUGGAGCACGAUGGCAAACUGUGGGACACAGUCAGCAAUAAUGGCCGUACUGCACUACAUACAGCAGCCUUACAUGGUCACAGUGAUGUGGUAGAGUUUAUGCUGUCGACUUCUAACUAUGCUAAAGACAUGAAGGACUGCUGCGGCACAACUCCUCUGAUGGACGCCAUCCAAGCUGGACAUGUGGACAUUGCCAGAACUCUCAUCACUAGUAAACAGGCUAGUGUGUUUACCUGUGAUAACUUGUUCUAUGCUCCGAUCCACAUGGCUGCACAAGCGGGAAAAAUCUCAUCCGUGACCUACCUCGUCUCCGAGCUGGGAGUCGACAUCAACCAGGCGACCUGUUCUACACUGUAUACACCUCUACAUGUCGCAGCAAAGCAAGGGCAGGUGGAUAUGAUUCAGCACUUAUUAUCUCUUGAAGCAGAUAUUGAUCUACAAGAUAGUUCUGGGAGAACAGCUCUCCAUUUUGCCAGCAGUGGUCAACAUGCCGAAUGUGUGAAGAUUCUGUUGCGGUUUGGUGCAAACAAAGAUUGUGUGGACAAAUCUGGCAAAACAGCUUUGCAGCUCGCCAGUCGAGCAGAUGUGCACGAAACAUUUCAAGAUGCUAGCAGUACAAAGGAUUAGCUUGCAUCUGGUAAAUGCAGACAACUGUUCGAUUUUUAUGAGAGGAAAACAUAUCCAUAAUUAAUUUGAUGCAAGAAAGAUUUAGUGGUUUAAACAAUAUGGAUGGAUUUCAUUCUUUAUUUUUAUGAAAUAUACUUUAGUAAAUAAAGUGUGUUGUUGUCA